AUGUCUGGUGCCCGGGGUGUUUCACUCGCCAUCCGGCGCGGGGGAUCUUCAAGGAUAAGAACAGGCAGUUUCCGUCCGAAUUUCUGCGAUGCACGUUCAAUGCGAUUCAGCACGUCCGCAUCGCUUCUCGGAGCCCAGGAAAUAUCAGUCACGGCAACUCCUCCCAAGAGCCAAUCUAAAUACACCACAGACGCAUAUCCGAAUCUAAAGAGGAACCCGAAUUUCUCUGAACUUACCAGCACUCAUGUCCAGCACUUUAAAACCCUCCUCAAAUCCCCGUCCGCCGUCAUAGAUGGUUUCACAACGGACGCGACCGACGAUAUCGAACCGUUCAACUGCGAUUGGAUGCGCAAGUAUCGAGGACAUGCGAAGCUGGUGUUGAAACCACAGAAUACAAAGCAGAUGAGUGAUGUUCUCAAAUACUGCAAUGAAAAUAAAUUGGCGGUCGUGCCUCAGGGUGGUAAUACGGGACUGGUUGGAGGAGGCGUGCCCGUAUUCGAUGAGGUUAUCAUUAACACGGCGCGGAUGAAUAAUAUUCGCUCCUUCGAUGAAAACUCAGGCGUGCUGGUCGUUGACGCUGGUGUGAUUCUCGAAGUUGCUGAUAAAUACCUGGCGGAGCGGAAUCAUAUUUUCCCUCUUGAUCUGGGAGCGAAGGGGUCGUGUCAUAUCGGAGGAAAUGUUGCUACUAAUGCUGGAGGUCUGCGACUACUGCGUUAUGGGAGUUUACAUGGCAAUGUACUGGGUAUAGAGGCUGUUCUUCCAGAUGGGACAAUUAUCGAUGACCUGUCCACGUUACGGAAGAACAAUACGGGUUACGAUCUCAAGCAGCUCUUCAUUGGUGGGGAGGGAACCAUUGGCAUUAUUACUGGCGUUUCUAUUAUUUGUCCACAACGACCAAAGGCUGUUAAUGUAGCUUUCUUCGGCAUUGAAAGCUAUAAACAGGCCCUAGCAGCCUUUCUGGAAGCCAAGGGCCAUCUGUCAGAAAUCCUAUCUGCCUUUGAGUUGAUGGAUGGGCGGAGUCAGGACAUGGUACACGGGGUAACGGGGUUGAAGAAGCCGCUGGAUGGCUCGUAUCCGUUCUACUGCCUUGUAGAAACGAGUGGUUCGAACGGUGAGCACGAUAACGAGAAACUGGAAGGCUUUUUGGAACAUGUCAUGGGCGAAUCUAUCGUGGCAGAUGGCGUGUUGGCUCAGGACGAAACACAAGCACAAGCGCUAUGGCGAUGGCGGGAAGGCAUUACAGAAGCGCUGAGUCACCUGGGCGGAACAUACAAGUAUGAUGUCUCCAUUCCUUUAGCGGAGCUCUAUCAACUCGUCGAUGACACGAGAGACCGAUUGACAAGCGCUGGUCUAGUUGGAGAUGACGAGAACUAUCCAGUCCGUGAAGUGUUGGGAUAUGGACAUAUGGGGGAUUCAAAUCUGCAUCUCAACAUCGCCGUUCGGCAGUACAACAAGCAGGUUGAGGAGCUUAUUGAGCCGUGGGUGUACGAGUGGAUUGCCAAGAGGAAUGGCAGUAUUAGUGCAGAACAUGGUUUGGGAAUUGCGAAGAAAGAAUUCAUCGGCUACAGCAAGAGCGAGACGAUGAUUAAGCUGAUGGCCCAGCUUAAGAAACUUUACGAUCCUAACGGCAUCAUGAAUCCCUAUAAAUAUGUGUAG